AUGCGUCGUAACUUCGAUUUUAGCCGAUUUCCUGAGGGACGACGCGACUUUCACGCCGAAAAGCUGGUCUGGAAAAUGACGGGGGCUCAGGAAUAUAAAGUAAAGGAUCAGGAGAGCUGUGAGAUAACUGACAGUCCUCGAAGUGUAUUAGCUUCUUUUCAUAUGGAUUGUGGUGAUGGUGGUGAUGAUGAUGACGAAGAGGAUUACAGUAGUGGUGAUAGUGGUUGUGAUGAUGAUGAGGAGGAGGAGGAGGAGGAGGAGGAUUACGGUAGUUGUGGUUGUGAUGAUGAUGACGAUGAGGAUUACGGUAGUGGUGAUGGUGGGUGUGAUGAUGAUGAUGAUGAUGGUGAUGACGAUGACGAUGAGGAUUACGGUAGUGGUGAUGAUGGUUGUGAUGAUGAUGAUGAGGAGGAGGAUUACCGUAGUGGUGAUGGUGGUGAUGAUGACGAUGAGGAUUACAGUAGUGGUGAUAGUGGUUGUUAUAAUGAUGAUGAUGAGGAUUACGGUAGUGGUGAUGGUGGUUGUGAUGAUGUUGGUGAUGAGGAUUAUGGUAGUGGUGAUGAUGAUGAAGUUGAUGAUUACGGUAGUGAUGGUGAUCUUGGGGAGAGCGGCUGUAGUGGCACCGGGGGACCAGACCUUCCAUCACCAUCUGCAGAAGGAGCGAGAGGACAAGGCAACAUAAAUGCAAAUAGCCGAGACUCAUACCCCCCGAAGGGAAGCCAAUAA